UUACGCAAAGAUGCCCAUGAUGUCAGCGCGCAAUGGCGCAGCAGGGAAACCCUGAGAGCAGUGAGAGCAGUGGUACGGCAUGGAAUGGAAAGAGUGCUUUAAAAAGUACCGCAGCGCUUCACACGAGGAGAAACCUCCCGCUGUGACCCCGUUCCCUCCGAGAGCACUUUCAAAUUUUCCGGGAGAUAUCGAAAUGAGCGUGGCAUCUCUGUGACCUCAUUGUGGACGCCGCGAAGAUCGUUUGGAUCCCGGAGAGGCUGCAUCACAGUGUAGUAUUGGACUCACAUGGUUUGCGGCUAAAGACUGUAGAUGCACUCACCCAAAGUGUGGAUAUUUGAGUGGAAGCGCCAUGGACGCAGCAGACAUAGUCGCCUCCUUGUUGGUUUCGGGGAUAAUUCUGGUGUCGCUGCUGUCCAACGCUGUGGUGCUGAUCUGCUUUCUGUGCAACCCGGAGAUCCGCAAGCAGGCGCCCGCUCUUUUCAUCCUCAACUUGACCUUUUGCAACCUGUUGCUCAGCGUGUCCAACAUGCCAGUCACUCUGGUCGGGCUCCUGGCCGCGGGCCACCCCGGAGGCAGCAGCGUCUUCUGCCAGAUUGUGGGUUUCCUGGACACUUUCCUCACCACGAACGCCAUGCUGAGCAUGGGAGCUCUCAGCAUCGACAGGUGGCUGGCGGUGGUGUUCCCACUCAGCUACCACUCGAGGAUGCGCCACCGGGACGCAGUGAUGGCGCUGGGAUACACGUGGACACACUCUCUUUGCUUCUCAAUAGUUGGCACCUGGCGCUCCUGGGUCGGGUACCACCACGUGUACGCCUCGUGCACCCUCUGCAGCGCCAGGGCGAAUGGAACUCAGUUCAUCAUUUUCACCGUGUCUCUGCACUCGCUCACUUUCCUGCUGACGCUCAUCGUGCUGUGUGUAACUUAUCUGAAAGUGCUGAAAGUUGCACGGUCUCACUGUAAACGCAUUGACGUGAUCACUAUGCAGACGCUGGUGCUGCUGGUGGACAUUCACCCCAGUGUGCGGCAGAAAUGCUUGGAUGAGCAGAGGCGGAGGAGGCAGAGGGCCACCAAGAAGAUCAGCACUUUUAUCGGCACAUUUGUGGUGUGCUUCACCCCGUAUGUCAUCACAAGAAUGGUAGAGCUCUUCUGCCCAGCGCCCAUAAGCCCUCACUGGGGUGUGCUGUCCAAAUGUUUGGCCUACAGCAAAGCAGCAAGUGACCCGUUUGUCUACUCACUGCUGCGCCACCAGUACAAGAAGGCCUGCAGCCUUCUCGCCAACAAAGUCCUCAAGAGGAGUCCUCUCAACUCCUCCUUUGGGACGGAGAACAACACAAGGAGAAGCGUCAACAUCGUCGGCGCAGCCAACAACAGCCAGCCACCUGCCAACAAGCCAAUCAUCCAGUGA